CUACACCUUCGGGAAACCGUUGAAGGGUUUUGUGAACGGUUCGGUUUGUUUACAGUACGACGCCUCUCCCCACGCCUGUCAGUGGUUCUUUGGCCAGACCGAUUCCAAUGGCUGCCUUUCUGAAUAUCUCCCCAUGAAAUUAUUCCGAUUCAAUCGAAGACACUACAGUCGAAGACUUUUCUCACGCGUUGUCCUGAAGGAGGAGGGUACAGGUAUCGAGAUGGAAGCGUUUGCAGAUACAGAUGUCACUUCAGAGAUAACACGGAUCGAGUUUAAACACAUGGAAAAAUACUUCAAGACAGGACUCCCCUACACAGGACAGGUUCAAUUGGAAUAUUCCACAGGGGAUCCUUUAUCCAAUGCUACCAUUUACCUCUUUAACUCUCUCACCCCUGGAGCUAAGGAAAUGAUCACAGACGAUCAAGGGAUAGCGAGUUUCACCCUGGACACAUCGUCAUGGGGCUCGACACCCAUCUCCUUCAUGGUGAGUUGCAGGCGUGAAUCAGGGGGACAUUGA